CCUCUCCCCAGUUGCCCACCCACACCGACCGUGCGUGCCUCUGCCUCCCCUCCCCCCACCCAGCCACCGAAGAAAGAUCGCGAAAUCCGCCGUGGUUCCGCGAAAAAAACCCGAGGAGGGCGAGGGCGUCGAUGGAGUUGGCGACGCACGACCUCGCGGCGCUGGGCGCGGCCGAGCUCGCCCGCGUCUCCGCCGCGAUCCCGCGCGCGGCGCCGCGGACCUUCGCGCUGCUGACCGCCUGCCUCGUCUUCCCGCUCUCCUUCGCCGUGCUUGCACACUCGCUCUUCACCCACCCGAUCCUCCUCCGCCUCCAGGACGGCGACGGCGACUACUCCUCCGACUCCGCCCAGUGGCUCAAGCUCUUCGCCUACCAGUUCCUCUACCUCAUCUUCCUCUUCACCUUCUCCCUCCUCUCCACCGCCGCCGCGGUCUUCACCGUCGCGUCGCUCUACGCCGCCAAGCCGGCGUCCAUCGCGUCCUCGCUCGCCGCGCUGCCGCCCAUCCUCCCGCGCCUCCUCCGCACCUUCCUCUGGGUCUUCCUCCUCAUGCUCGCCUACCACCUCGUCUUCGCCCUCACCGUCCUCCUGCUCCUCAUAGUCUUCACCCCGUCUUUGUCCCCCUCCUCCCCGCCCUCGCUCCCCUUCGUCCUCAUCCUUGUCGUCGUCGUAUUCGUCUUCCUGGCGAUCCAUGUGUACAUCUCCGCGCUAUGGCACCUCGCCAGCGUCAUCUCCGUGCUGGAGCCGCUCUGCGGUCUCGCCGCAAUGAAGAAAAGCAAGCAGCUGCUUCAAGGGCGCACCCGCACGGCCGCCGCGCUCGUUGUCUCCUACUUUGCCGCCUGCGGCGUUACCGCCGUGCUGUUCCGCGCGGCCGUAGUCAAGCGGCACGGCGAGGAGGGGAGCCUUGGCCUGAGCUUGCCCGGUCGGGUGCUAAUCGGCGCCGUGCUGGUCUCCGUUCUUGUCUGUGUCAAUUUGCUGGGGCUACUCGUGCAGAGCGUGUUCUACUAUGCUUGCAAGGCCUUCCACAACCAGCAGAUUGAUAGGAGCGCGUUGUACGAGCAUCUCGGAGGGUACCUUGGAGAAUAUGUGCCUCUCAAGAGCAAUAUUCAGAUGGAGAACCUUGAUGCAUAAGGGGGGAGGGAUGUGUGAAUGUGGUGACGACCUGAAGAAAUAUGGUGAGCUGCUCCUGUUCAAGCGGCUGCUCCGGAGUGACAGGCGCAGCUUGGAUAACGACAGUUGUUGCUAAUUGCCCAUCUUCUUGCGGUAGCAUCAGAUGAUUUUAACUUGUCAACUAUACCAAACUAUCUCCGAGUCAAUAUAAUACCCUGUCUCCCAACACCAGACUGGGUCAAUGAAUUGCCUCAUGAGUUGAGAGUUAAGACCGACAGGAGCUGGAACUGGAGACUGAUAAAAUGAAUUUCGUCGUGAGCUGGACACUCGCGAAGCCGCUGUCAUCGUUUGUAGCAGGAACGUGCUUCUAGUCCUUUUCUUAAGGACUGCAGGUCUGCAGCUAUAGCAGCUGCCAAAGGCUAUGAGAUACAGUGAUGCAUUUAAUAGUGUCAUACUUACACUUAUUGGCACUCUUGGAGUAGCAUACGAGCAUGUCAAAACCUCAAUGGGCAGAAGUUGCAAAGCAAAUGCUUAAUUUCCUUUGCCAAUAACCUAUUAAUGAAGUUACGUUACCUUGACACACACUGAUACACUCCAAACUCUAGA